AUGUCUCGAGCGGCAGCAACCGCAUUUCAACCGCUACGUCGCGGAGGUGUGGCGGCAGCAAUUGGCGCAGUAGCAGUUACUGGCGUGGGACUUGCAAUCUACUCGAACACAGCGCACGCCGACUCGGGCGAGCCCAGGAAGCUAUUCACAGGCCCCGUCUUCACAUCUCUGCCGCUAGCCGACUCUGAGACCAUCAAUCACAAUACGAAGCGGCUUCGCUUUCAAUUACCAGAGGGUACAGUGAGCGGUUUUCCAACUACUUCCGCAGUUCUUACUUUCUCAUGGCCAAAGGGCAGCUGGACACCCGUGGUGAGGCCAUACACACCAAUCAAUUCACCACAUGAGCCAGGAGUCCUGGAACUCAUGGUAAAGAAAUACCCCGGCGGCAAAGCCAGCACACAUCUCCACUCCCUGUCACCAGGCGACUCGCUCUUCUUCGUGACCAGGAUCCCGGGAUUCGCGUACAAGGCGAACCAAUUUCCCAAGGUGACGCUCAUCGCGGGCGGCGCGGGCAUCACGCCCAUCUACCAGCUGGCGUCGGGCAUCCUGCGCGACGAGGGCGACAGGACCCAGGUCGACCUCGUCUUUGGCGUCAACUCGGACGCCGACGUGCUGCUCAGGGACGAGUUCGAGCGGUGGGAGAAGCAGUUCCCCGGCCGCUUCCGGGCGAGCUACGUGGUCAGCAACCCGGCCGAGGGCUCGCCGUAUCCUCGGGGCUACGUGACCAAGGAGCUGCUGGGCAAAGUCGUGGGGCCCGCGCAGGCCGACGCAAAAGUAUUCGUCUGCGGGCCGCCGGCAAUGGAGAGCUCCUUGGUCGGCUCGUGGAAGCAAAGGGGUGUCUUGGAAGAGAUGGGUUAUAGGAAAGACCAGGUCCAUAAGUUUUGA